AAGGAAAAAAGUUGGCAGGCGGACAGCAGAGCCGUGUCUGCAUCCAUCGCAGAGAGGAGGCCCGUGCGGUGUGGGGCGGGCCAGGAGCAAGGAGAGGCCUUCCUCCCUUUGUGCUCCCCCCGCCCCCCAGCCCUAUAAAUAGGCCCAGCCCAGGCUGUGGCUCAGCCCUUCGAGGGAGUUGAGCACCAGGCAGCCAGCGGUCUCCGGCCAAGCCCCCUGCCAGCAUGGCCAGUGAGUUCAAGAAGAAGAUCUUCUGGAGGGCCGUGGUGGCCGAGUUCCUGGCCAUGACCCUCUUUGUCUUCAUCAGCAUUGGUUCGGCCCUGGGCUUCAAUUACCCAGUGGGGGGGAACCAGACGGCGGUCCAGGACAACGUGAAGGUGUCACUGGCCUUCGGGCUGAGCAUCGCUACUCUGGCCCAGAGUGUGGGCCACAUCAGCGGUGCCCACCUCAACCCAGCCGUCACACUGGGGCUGCUGCUCAGCUGCCAGAUCAGCAUCUUCCGGGCGGUCAUGUACAUCAUCGCCCAGUGCGUGGGGGCCAUCGUCGCCACUGCCAUCCUCUCRGGCGUCACCUCUUCCCUGCCCGGCAACUCACUUGGCCGCAAUGAUCUGGCUGUUGGUGUGAACUCAGGCCAGGGCCUGGGCAUCGAGAUCAUCGGCACCCUGCAGCUGGUGCUGUGUGUGCUGGCCACCACCGACCGGAGGCGCCGUGACCUUGGCGGCUCAGCCCCCCUUGCCAUCGGCCUCUCUGUAGCCCUGGGACACCUGCUGGCCAUCGACUACACAGGCUGUGGCAUCAAUCCUGCCCGGUCCUUCGGCUCCGCCGUGCUCACCCACAACUUCAGCAACCACUGGAUUUUCUGGGUGGGGCCAUUCAUCGGGGGAGCCCUGGCUGUGCUGAUCUACGACUUCAUCCUGGCCCCGCGCAGCAGUGAGCUCACAGACCGCAUGAAGGUGUGGACCAGCGGCCAGGUGGAGGAGUACGACUUGGAUGCCGACGACAUCAACUCCAGGGUGGAGAUGAAGCCCAAGUAGAGAGGGCCUGGCACGGGCAUCCGUGGGGGGGUGGGGCAGGGACGGGCAGAGGGAGGGGAGGGCUGAGAUCCAUAUCGUAGACACUCUGACAAGCUGGCCAAAGUCACUUCCCCAAACAUCUGCUAGGCCUGCAACGGUCAGGCCUCGUCUGGGACAUUUCUAUUUCUUUCUUUCUCUGUUUCCUGGCCUCAGAGCUUCCUGGGGAUCGGGUUUACCAAUUCACCUACUCCCUUGAUGUCACCRGAGGAGGUGAAAGAGAGGGACUCACCUGCUAGUUGUCCCCUCAGAGUGUGUUAGGAGGUGUGCCAGAAAGCCCCCCCUCAUCCCAAAGUCACUCACCACUCAGCUGCCGCCGGUGCCGAGUUUCCGCCAUCAUUGCCUGGUGCCUUGGGCACAGCUCUGCUGCUUCUCUCACGCACCUUGCUCCCCAGGGGUGCUCUGAGUGGGAAGAGAUCUCAGUAGGUGCAGUGGGGAGGGGAGAAGCUCCAGACAAGCUUUGCUUCUUUGGCCUGGCUUGCCCCAGGGCCUCCGCCUUGGACUUGCUGCCUGGCUGUGGGGUUGUCCUUAUCAUAGGGCCUCAGUGAUCUCUAUCUGUGCAGUGGCAAGGACAGGGAGCACCGAGUGGGUUCUGUCAGGGUAGAACCUCACGGGUUCUAGAAGGCAUAGUCCAGACCAGAGCAUCACUUCAGCUACUUGCCCUGUGCCCUUUCCCAAGUGCAAGCCGGGUCCACAUGUCUGUGCUGUACGCGUGUGCAGGCAAGCUUUGAAGCAGAGAGUUGACAGAGAGUCCAGGUCAUUGGAAAUGCCUGUUCCCCAUGGAAGAGUGUCCCCAUUCAGGGUCAGCUGUUACAGAAUGAAGACCUGGAGAGGAUGAAGGAAGAGUGUCCAUGUUCCCUAUUGGGUUUUAGUUGGUCUUUCCAACUACCCCAGCAUUGACUGGAUCAUGAUGUCACCUCUUCACUUUCUCUUGCCAGUGUCGACACAGGAGAACAUCAUGUGGGUGGGGGCUUAGUUAAGAGCACUUGGGUUUUCCAAGGCCCCGACCUUGAGGAUGGAAUGAUCCCGAUGAGGAUCCGUCUAUGGAGGCAGAUGCCCUUGGUGGACUCAGGGUUUGCUCACUGAUCCUGAGCAAGGAGGACAAUGCCCUCCCUUGUACAUGAGCUCGUGAUUAAAGGCAUCGUGGGCAGCUGGGUGACCUGCACAGGCAUGCUGUGUGACCCCAAGCCACUGCCUUUCUUCCCUGUUGACCUGGAGGACAGAGGUCAGCCUUGACCUGAUAGACUGGCUCCUUCUAUAGCUCCAGGACAGUCAGAGCAGAGUCUUUUGAGGACCUGAGUCCAUUCAAUCCCACCGGGAACAAAGAAGUUUCACCACUGUGCCCUUAGCCACGAUGCCAAAGGAAACCAAGAGACACAAUUAUGCAGGUAUUUAGAAGCAGCAGGAUUACCAAGAGGCCCUUCGUGUCCACCAACACAUCACAUCUGAACACUCUCUUCUCCAUUCCCUAACAGGAA